CGGCCCGGCGAGCCCUCCCGCCACCCGAGCCGCGGAGGAGACGCAGCGACUCCUCGCCUGCGCCCCCGAGAGCCGCACUCCGGACUGGCCGGGUAGUGAGGGGCCCGAGAGCAGAUCCCGAGUCGGGCUUCGCUCAGCCUCCGACGAGGGCUGGCCCUUUGGAAGGCGCCUUCAGCAGCAGGACCAGCCAGGCCACCAUGACCGACAACUCCACGUCCGCCCCUGCGGCCAAGCCCAAGCGGGCCAAGGCCUCCAAGAAGUCCACGGACCACCCCAAGUACUCAGACAUGAUCGUGGCUGCUAUCCAGGCCGAGAAGAACCGCGCUGGCUCCUCGCGCCAGUCCAUCCAGAAGUAUAUCAAGAGCCACUACAAGGUGGGUGAGAACGCCGACUCCCAGAUCAAGUUGUCCAUCAAGCGCCUGGUCACCACCGGUGUCCUCAAGCAGACCAAAGGGGUGGGUGCCUCGGGGUCCUUCCGUUUGGCCAAGAGUGACGAGCCCAAGAGGUCAGUGGCCUUCAAGAAGACCAAGAAAGAAGUCAAGAAGGUGGCCACGCCAAAGAAGGCAACCAAGCCCAAGAAGGCUUCCUCCAAAGCCCCAAGCAAAAAACCCAAAGCCACUGCAGUCAAGAAGGCCAAGAAGAAGCCGGCUGCCACGCCCAAGAAAACCAAAAAACCCAAGACUGUCAAAGCCAAGCCAGUCAAGGUAUCCAAGCCCAAGAAGGCCAAACCAGUGAAGCCCAAAGCAAAGUCCAGUGCCAAGAGGGCCGCCAAGAAGAAGUGACAAUGAAGCCUUUUCUCGUGGACGCUCCUUUCUAUCUCCUAUGUUUUGUACUUUCCUCCUUUUUUCUCUCUUGA